AUGAUGAUGGGGGUUAAAGCGAAGCAAGGAACAUUAAAGGAGGGAGAACAUGUAGCAGAGGAAGACUCUGGGAUGGAGAAGACAACUGCAAAAGAAAGGGGAUCUGCGAAGGAGAAAGAAACUACAAAAGAGAAGAUUUCUGCAAGAGAGGAGGAAUCUCCAAUAGAGGAGGAAUCUGCAAAAGACGAGGAAUCUGUAAAAGAGAAAGAACCUUCAAAAGAGGAGGAAUUCGAAAAAGAGAAGGAAACUGAGAAGAAAGAGCCUACAAAGAUGGAGGAAGAAAAUACAGAGAUGGGUAAAUGGUGCGAUAAAGAACCAGCAAAUGAAGAACAAAAGUCUGCAAAAGAUUGUGCAGAAGAAUGUACAAAGGAGGAGAAAUCUACAAAGGAGGAAGAGGAUGUAAAGGACAAGGAAUCAAAAGAAGAGGAAUCUGUAGAAGAGGAAAAAUCUGCAAAGGUGACAAAAAUUUCAAAAAAGGAAGAAUCUACAAAAAAUGAGGAAUCUACAGAGGCGAAAGAUUAUGCAGAAGAGGAAGAAUCUACAAAAGAAGAUGACUCUGCAAAGGAGGUUGAUGAAUCUGCAAAAGGAGAAGAAUGUAAAAAAGAGGAAGAGUCUGCAGAGCCAACUGUGGAAGAAUUUGCAAAAGAGGAGAAAUCUGCAAUGCAGGAGAAAUAUGUAAACUUGGAGGAAGCUCCAAAAGAGACGAAAUCUGCUAAAGGGGAAAAAUCUCCAGAAGACAAAGAAUCUCCAAAAGAGAAUAAUUCUCCAAAAAAUGAGGAUUCUCCAAAAGGAGAGGAAUCUACAGAAGAGGAAAAAUCUGAAAAAGGGGAGGAAUCAGUAAAUGAGGAGGAAUCUGCAAAGGCGGAAGAAACUACAAAAGAGGAAAAUUGUACUGAGGAAGAAUCUGCAAAGGAGGAUGAAGAAUCUGAAAAAGCAGAAUAUACAAAAAAGGAAAAGUGUGCAAAGGAGGAGGAUUCUGCAAACAAGGAAGAGUUUUCAAAACAUGAAGAAGUUUCAAAAGGGGGAGCAAAGGUGGUAGAAUCUUUAACAGAGGAGGAAUCUGAAUCUGCAACGGUGGAAGAAUCUACAAAGGCUGGCGAAUCUGCAAAAUUGGAAGAAUCUGUAAAGGAGGAAGAAUGUGCCAAGGAUGAAGAAUUUACAAAGGUGGAAGAACCUGGAAUGGUGAAAGAAUAUGGAAAGGUGCUAGAAACUGCAGACGAGGAAGACUGUGAAAACGUGGAAGAAUCUGCAAAGUUAGAAGAAUCUGCAAAUGUGUCAAAGUUAGAAGAAUCUGCAAAUGUGGAACAAUCUGCAAAGGUGAAAGAAUCUGCAAAAGAGGACGAAUUUUCAAAACAGGAAGGCUCUUCAAAAGGGAAAAAAUCCGCAAAAGUUGUACAAUCUGCAAAAGUUGAGGAAUCUGCAAAGAUGGAAGAAUCUGCACAGGCGGGAGCAUCUGCAGGGGUAGAAGAAACUGCUGAUUCGAAAAUGUGUGAAAAGAAAGAAUCUGCAAAGGUGGAAAAAUCUACAAAAGUGGAAGAAUCUGCAGAAGAGGAAAAAUAUGCAAAGGAGGCAGAAUCUGCCAAAGAAGGUGAAUUUGCAAAGGGGGAAGGAUCUGCAAAGGUGGAAGAAUUUGCAAAGGGGGAAGAAUCUGCAAAUGGGGAAGGAUCUGCAAAGGAGGAAGAAUCUGCAAAGGAGGAAGAAUCUGCAAAGGAGGAAGAAUCUGUGAAAGAGGAAGAAUCUGCAAAGGAGGAAGGAUCUGUAAAACCGGGAAGAAUCUGCAAAUGGGGAAGAAUCGGCAAAAGAGAAAGCAUCUUUAAAAGGGGAGGGGGAGAAUCUGCAAAGGAGAAACAAUCUGCAAAGGUGGAAGUAUCUGCAAAGGAGGAGAAAUCUAGAAAAGUGGAAGAACCUGCAAAGGAGAAAGUAUCUGAGAAGGUGGAAGAAUCUACAAAGAAGAAUGCAGGGAGGACCAGCAUGCAAAGGAAGAACAGUGUUGAAAAGAGGAAAAAAUCGACGAAGGUGGUAGGGUCUGCAAAUGAGGCAGACUCUCGGGAUCCUGGGAAGGAGGAAGAACAUACAAAAGUGGAAGAACCUGAAAAUGAGAAAGAGGCCAUUAAAGAGAGGGAAUCUGAGAAAUCUGCAAAGAAAGGAAAGGAGGAACUAAAAAGUAUCAGAGAGAAGAAGUAUGCUGCCGCCCACCAUGGAACGAGAAGCUUGAAAUAA